GCGCCCCGACGUCACCGCCGCGCGCCGCGGCGAAGGACACAGCGCCCGAGCGGGGCCGAACGGGACCGGAGCGAGCCGAGCGGGGCCGGGCCGAACCAAGCCGGGCCGAGCGGGGCCGGGCCGAACCGGAGCGGAGCGAGCGGCCCCGGGCGGGCUCAGGCGCCAUGAGCGGCCCCGCAGAGGAUGAGAAGCUGCGGGCGCAGCAGCUCCGCGCCCUGCGGCGCCGCUGGCUGCGGGACCAGGAGCUGAGCCCGCGGGAGCCCGUCCUGCCGCCGCGGCGGCUCGGGCCCGUGGCCGCCUUCUGGGAGAGCUUCCUGCGGCCCGGGGAUCCCUGGCGGCUGCAGGUGCACAAGUUCUACCAGACCGGCCGCUUCGUCCUGCUGCGGCUGCUGCUCCCCGCCUGGGCCAUCACCUACUACUUGAAGUACCACGUCCAGAAAUCGCCGCACGGUGUGGUUAUGACAAACCCACGGAUAUUCCCGGGGGACAGGAUUUUAGAGACUGGAGAGAUCAUGCCACCCCUGAGAGACGAGCACCACAGGCACCACUGAUGGCCAGGAGCCAGUUUCCUCUGUGGGGGAACAUGGCCAGAGCUGCACCUGCUGUGUCUCUUCCAUAAAAGUCUUUAUUCUGCAUUGUCUCA